AUGGCUCAUGCAGCGUCUCAAUUAAAGAAAAACAGGGAUUUAGAAAUCAAUGCUGAAGAGGAGACUGAGAGAAAAAGGAAACAUCGAAAACGGUCCCGAGAUCGGAAGAAAAAGUCUGAUGCAAAUGCCAGCUACCUAAGAGCUGCUCGAGCUGGAAAUUUGGAAAAGGCACUUGACUACAUCAAGAAUGGCGUAGACAUCAACAUCUGCAAUCAGAAUGGGUUGAAUGCACUCCAUCUUGCUUCCAAAGAAGGACACGUGGAAGUUGUAUCCGAAUUGAUACAUCGAGAUGCCAAUGUGGAUGCAGCGACAAAGAAAGGAAACACAGCUUUACACAUAGCAUCUCUGGCGGGGCAGACAGAAGUAGUAAAAGUUCUAGCAACAAAUGGAGCCAACCUCAAUGCACAAUCUCAGAAUGGAUUUACACCAUUGUAUAUGGCAGCCCAGGAAAAUCACCUGGAAGUCGUCAAGUUUCUUCUGGAUAAUGGGGCAAGUCAGAGCCUGGCCACAGAGGAUGGAUUCACACCCCUGGCGGUAGCUUUGCAGCAAGGCCAUGACCAAGUGGUUUCGCUACUGCUUGAAAAUGACACAAAAGGAAAAGUCCGACUUCCCGCACUUCACAUAGCUGCUCGCAAGGAUGACACAAAAGCCGCUGCCCUGCUGCUGCAGAAUGACAGCAAUGCAGACGUGGAAUCCAAGAGUGGCUUCACCCCGCUUCACAUUGCUGCCCAUUAUGGAAAUAUCAACGUAGCCACGUUACUGUUAAAUCGAGGUGCUGCUGUGGACUUCACUGCAAGGAAUGACAUUACACCCUUACAUGUUGCAUCAAAACGAGGAAAUGCCAACAUGGUGAAAUUGCUGCUUGAUCGAGGAGCAAAGAUUGAUGCCAAAACAAGGGACGGGCUGACCCCCCUGCACUGCGGAGCAAGGAGCGGUCACGAGCAAGUGGUGGAGAUGCUCUUGGAUCGAGCUGCCCCCAUCCUCUCCAAAACCAAGAAUGGAUUGUCUCCAUUGCAUAUGGCGACCCAAGGGGAUCACCUAAACUGUGUCCAGCUUCUCCUCCAACAUAACGUGCCUGUUGAUGAUGUCACUAAUGACUACUUGACCGCACUGCACGUCGCUGCCCACUGUGGCCACUACAAAGUUGCCAAGAUUCUCUUGGACAAGAAAGCUAACCCUAAUGCCAAAGCACUGAAUGGUUUUACACCCCUUCAUAUCGCCUGUAAGAAGAACCGAAUUAAAGUCAUGGAGCUUCUCCUGAAACAUGGUGCAUCCAUCCAAGCUGUGACUGAGUCGGGCCUUACCCCAAUCCACGUGGCUGCUUUUAUGGGGCAUGCAAAUAUCGUAUCUCAGCUCAUGCAUCACGGAGCAUCACCAAACACCACCAACGUGAGAGGAGAGACAGCUCUGCACAUGGCAGCCCGUGCCGGCCAAUCAGAAGUCGUGCGGUAUCUGGUCCAAAAUGGAGCCCAGGUAGAAGCUAAAGCAAAGGAUGACCAGACUCCGCUCCACAUUUCGGCUCGACUGGGAAAGGCAGACAUAGUCCAGCAGCUUUUGCAACAAGGAGCCUCUCCAAAUGCAGCUACCACUUCCGGGUACACUCCUUUACACCUUUCAGCACGAGAGGGACAUGAGGACGUGGCCUCAGUUCUUUUGGACAAUGGUGCAUCGUUAGCUAUAACGACAAAGAAAGGGUUCACCCCUCUUCAUGUGGCUGCAAAAUACGGGAAGCUGGAAGUAGCCAAACUCUUGCUUCAGAAAAAUGCAUCUCCAGAUGCCGCAGGAAAGAGUGGUUUAACCCCACUGCAUGUAGCUGCUCACUAUGAUAACCAGAAAGUGGCCCUGCUUCUCCUGGACCAAGGAGCCUCGCCCCACGCCGCAGCAAAGAACGGUUACACGCCGCUGCACAUCGCGGCCAAAAAGAAUCAGAUGGACAUAGCCACCAGCCUGCUCGAGUAUGGCGCAGACGCCAACGCCGUGACCAGGCAAGGGAUCUCUUCUGUGCACUUGGCUGCCCAGGAGGGCCUCGUGGACAUGGUGUCCUUGCUUCUCUCCAGAAAUGCCAACGUGAAUCUUAGCAAUAAGAGUGGCCUGACACCGCUCCACCUGGCUGCACAAGAGGACAGAGUGAAUGUGGCCGAGGUCCUUGUGAAUCAAGGAGCAGCCAUCGAUGCCCCAACCAAGAUGGGCUACACGCCACUACACGUGGGCUGCCACUACGGGAACAUCAAGAUUGUUAACUUCCUGCUCCAGCACUUCGCGAAGGUCAACGCCAAAACGAAGAAUGGGUACACACCCCUCCACCAGGCAGCCCAGCAGGGCCACACCCACAUCAUCAACAUCUUACUGCAGAACAAUGCCUCCCCCAACGAGCUCACUGUGAAUGGAAACACGGCGCUAGCCAUCGCUAAGAGGCUUGGCUACAUCUCCGUGGUCGACACCUUAAAGGUAGUGACGGAAGAGACCACGACAACAAUUACGGUCACAGAGAAGCACAAAUUGAAUGUUCCUGAAACGAUGAAUGAAGUUCUCGAUAUGUCGGAUGAUGAAGUUCGUAAAGCCAAUACCCCUGAAAUGCUCAGUGAUGGCGAGUAUAUAUCAGAUGUUGAAGAAGGUGAAGAUGCAAUGACAGGGGAUACAGACAAAUAUCUUGGGCCCCAAGAUCUCAAAGAGCUAGGAGAUGAUUCUCUGCCCGCGGAAGGAUACAUAGGCUUCAGCAUGGGAGCUCGCUCAGCCAGCCUCCGCUCCUUCAGUUCGGAUAGGUCUUACACACUGAACCGAAGCUCUUAUGCCCGGGACAGCAUGAUGAUCGAAGAAUUGCUGGUGCCAUCAAAGGAUCAGCACCUGACAUUUACAAGGGAAUUCGAUUCCGAUUCCCUUAGGCAUUAUAGCUGGGCUGCAGACACCCUGGACAAUGUUAACCUUGUCUCGAGCCCCAUUCACUCUGGGUUCCUGGUGAGUUUCAUGGUGGAUGCCCGAGGGGGCUCCAUGAGAGGAAGCCGCCAUCAUGGGAUGAGAAUCAUUAUUCCACCACGCAAGUGCACAGCACCCACUCGCAUCACUUGCCGACUGGUAAAGAGACAUAAGCUGGCCAACCCACCCCCCAUGGUGGAAGGAGAGGGAUUAGCCAGUAGACUGGUAGAAAUGGGGCCUGCGGGGGCACAAUUCUUAGGCCCAGUCAUAGUGGAAAUUCCUCACUUUGGAUCAAUGAGAGGGAAGGAAAGAGAACUCAUUGUUCUCCGGAGUGAAAAUGGGGAAACUUGGAAAGAGCAUCAGUUUGACAGCAAAAAUGAAGAUUUAACUGAGUUGCUUAAUGGCAUGGAUGAAGAGCUGGACAGCCCUGAAGAGUUGGGGAAGAAGCGCAUCUGUAGGAUUAUCACGAAGGAUUUCCCCCAGUAUUUCGCAGUGGUCUCACGGAUCAAGCAGGAGAGCAAUCAGAUUGGUCCAGAAGGGGGCAUCUUGAGCAGCACCACCGUGCCCCUGGUCCAAGCAUCCUUUCCUGAAGGUGCUUUGACCAAAAGGAUCCGAGUGGGCCUCCAGGCCCAGCCUGUUCCAGAAGAAAUUGUGAAAAAAAUCCUUGGGAAUAAAGCAACUUUUAGUCCAAUUGUCACCGUGGAGCCAAGAAGAAGGAAAUUCCAUAAACCAAUAACGAUGACCAUUCCUGUGCCUCCCCCCUCGGGAGAAGGUGUAGCCAAUGGCUACAAAGGAGAUGCCACACCCAACCUUCGCCUUCUCUGUAGCAUUACAGGGGGAACGUCGCCUGCACAGUGGGAAGACAUCACAGGAACCACGCCAUUGACAUUCAUAAAGGACUCUGUCUCUUUUACGACCAAUGUUUCAGCCAGGUUUUGGCUUGCGGAUUGCCAUCAAGUUUUGGAAACCGUCGGGUUAGCUACUCAGCUUUACAGGGAAUUAAUCUGCGUCCCCUACAUGGCCAAGUUUGUGGUUUUUGCCAAAAUGAACGAUCCUUUGGAAUCUUCCUUACGUUGCUUCUGCAUGACAGACGAUAAAGUGGACAAAACUUUGGAGCAGCAAGAAAAUUUUGAGGAAGUGGCAAGAAGCAAAGAUAUUGAGGUCCUGGAAGGAAAGCCUAUUUAUGUCGAUUGUUAUGGGAAUCUGGCCCCCCUCACCAAAGGAGGACACCAGUUAGUCUUUAACUUCUAUGCUUUCAAAGAGAACAGGCUGCCAUUUUCAGUCAAGAUCAGAGACACGAGCCAAGAACCGUGUGGUCGAUUGUCGUUUCUGAAAGAACCAAAGACUACGAAAGGAUUGCCCCAAGCAGCUGUUUGCAACUUAAAUAUUACCCUUCCAGCACAUAAAAAGGAAACAGAGUCAGAUCCAGAUGAUGAGACGGAGAAAGCAGACCGUCGCCAGAGCUUUGCAUCUUUGGCCCUACGUAAGCGCUAUAGCUACUUGACUGAGCCUGGAAUGAUUGAACGGAGUGCAGGAGUCACAAGAUCCCUACCCGUCACUGGCUCCUCAUACAAGCCAUUCUUUCCUACGAGACCCUAUCAGUCCUGGACAACAGCUCCAAUGACAGUGCCUGGACAAACCAAGUCAGGCUUGACUUCUUUGUCCAGUUCUUCUUCUAACACUCCAUCGGCUUCUCCAUUAAAGUCAAUAUGGUCUGUUUCUUCUCCGUCUCCAAUCAAAUCCACCUUAGGCGCUUCAACAACAUCUUCAGUUAAAUCCAUUAGUGAUGUGGCCUCGCCAAUCCGAUCCUUCCGGACAGUCUCUUCGCCAAUAAAAACAGUUGUUUCACAGCCUCCCUACAAUAUCCAAGUCUCUCCUGGGUCACUCGUUAGAGCUCCCACAAUAACUGAGGCUACUGUCUCUCCUUUAAAAGGGCUGGCAGCCGGUUCAACCUUUUCCUCUCGGACCUCUCCGGUGACCACAGCCGGCUCCCUUUUGGAGAGGUCGUCAAUUACCAUGACACCCCCAGCAUCCCCUAAGUCCAACAUUAAUAUGUAUUCUUCAACCUUGCCCUUUAAAUCUAUCAUCACUUCUGCACCACCACUGGUAUCUUCCCCUUUAAAGUCCGUGGUGUCUCCCGCUAAAUCGGCAGUCGAUGCUGUUUCCUCCACCAAAGUGAUGGUGGCAUCCUCUCUCUCUUCUCCUGUGAAACAUAUGACUGGGCAUGCAGAGGUAGCAUUAGUUAAUGGGUCUAUUUCACCUCUGAAGUAUCCAUCCUCUUCAGCUUUAAUUAAUGGAGCCAAAGCCUCAGCCACAGCCACGCUACAAGAAAAAAUCUCUGCGGCCACAAACUCCAUUAGCUGUGGUGUUAGUGCAGCCACUGAUACGGUUGAGAAGGUGUUUUCUACCACAACCGCCAUGCCCUUCUCCCCACUCAGGUCAUUUGUGUCUUCAGCGCCAUCUGCUUUUCAGUCUAUAAGAAGUCCUUCCGUGAGUGCACUGUAUACAUCCCUGGGGUCAUCGAUAUCAGCAACUACCUCAUCAGUAACUUCAUCAACAAUCACCGUACCCGUAUACUCUGUAGUCAAUGUUUUGUCAGAACCAGCACUAAAGAAGCUUCCAGACUCCACCUCGAUUACAAAAUCCGCAGCUGCCCUCCUAUCACCCAUUAAAACAUUGACUCCAGAGACACGUCCUCAGUCCCACUUCCACCAGGCAUCAUCCCCGAUUAAGUCAUCCUUGUUCCUCGCGCCCUCUGCUCUUAAACUGUCCACGCCAUCUUCUUUAUCUUCAAGUCAGGAGAUCCUAAAAGAUGUAGCUGAGAUGAAGGAGGAUCUAAUAAGAAUGACCGCUAUCCUGCAGACAGAUGUGGCCGAGGAAAAACCUUUCCAACCGGAACCAACCAGAGAGGGGAGAAUCGAUGAUGAAGAACCCUUUAAGAUUGUUGAGAAAGUCAAGGAAGACCUAGUCAAAGUUAGUGAGAUACUUAAGAAGGAUGUGUGUGUAGAAAGCAAAGGUUCAUCCAUAGCUUCCAAAAAUGACAAAGGACAAUCUCCUGAAGAUGACUGGACGGAGUUUAGUUCAGAAGAAAUAAAGGAAGCCAGACAGCAAGCUGUUCUGUGCCCUCUUGCAUCCACAUCAGAAAAGGUCCAGAUGAAAGCAAAAACUAUGUCUGAAAAGGAUUACAACUUGACCAAAGUAAUUGAUUACUUAACAAAUGAUAUUGGGAGUAGCUCAUUAACAAAUUUGAAGUACAAGCUUGAGGAUGCAAAGAAAGAUGGUGAAGAGAGGCAGAAAAGAAUUUUAAAGCCAGCAAUAGCUUUGCAGGAGCACAAACUUAAGAUGCCUCCCGCCUCCAUGAGGCCUUCCACCUCAGAAAAAGAGUUGUGCAAAAUUGCAGAUUCCUUCUACGGAACUGACACUAUUUUGGAAUCUCCCGAUGACUUUUCUCAGCACGACCAAGAUAAAAGCCCCUUAUCAGAUAGCGGCUUUGAAACGAGAAGCGAGAAGACACCUUCUGCCCCACAGAGUGCAGAAAGCACGGGUCCCAAGCCACUUUUUCAUGAAGUUCCCAUCCCUCCGGUCAUUACAGAAACAAGAACAGAAGUGGUUCACGUGAUCCGUAGCUAUGAGCCUUCUUCGGGAGAGAUCACCGAUGCCCAAGAACGGCCCCUGUCGCCCAAACCCUCGCCACCCUUUAUGGAGCUGGAGCCAAAGCCCACCACUUCUAGUAUUAAAGAGAAAGUCAAAGUAUUUCAGAUGAAAGCCAAUGGAGAAGAGGAAGACCGUAACCGGGCAACGGGCAAAGGCGUCCGCGUCAAAGAAGAAACUCACAUAACCACUACCACGCGGAUGGUGUACCAUUCACCUCCGGGUAGCGAAGGCAACUCAGAAAGAAUUGAAGAAACCAUGUCUGUCCAUGACAUCAUGAAAGCCUUUCAGUCUGGGCGGGACCCGUCCAAAGAACUGGCAGGUCUGUUUGAGCAUAAGUCUGCCGUGUCACCAGAUGUGCACAAGUCUGCUGCUGAGAGCCCACCCCAGCAUGCAGAGAGGGACAGCCCAAUGAAACCCAAGCUGGAGCGUAUAAUAGAAGUCCACAUCGAAAAAGGUAACCAAGCCGAACCCACCGAAGUCAUUAUUAGAGAGACCAAAAAGCAUCCAGAAAAGGAAAUGUUUGUGUAUCAGAAAGACUUAUCUCGGGGUGAUAUUAGCCUAAGAGAUUUUCUGCCUGAGAAACACGAGGCUUCUCCUGGUUCGGAGGAACGGGGUCCCCUGGAGGAAGAAGAGUUAGCUGCAGAGGAUUCCCUGCCUUCGUACCUGGAGUCUUCGAGAGUGAGCACUCCCGUGUCCCAGGAAGAAGACAGCCGCCCUAGUUCUGCCCAACUCAUGUCUGAUGACUCUUACAGAACGUCGAAGCUCUUGAGUCAGCACUCCACAGAAUACCGCGAUGAUGAGUUGUCAGAACUAAGAGGGGAGUCUUACAGGUUUGCUGAGAAAAUGCUUCUCUCAGAAAAGAUAGAUGCGUCUCACUCUGACACUGAGGAGUCGGUUACAGACCGUGCUGUACCCGUUAGUGUGGGUUUACAGGGGUCUGAUAAGCGAUCCAGAGACAAAGUAGCCCCUGCCCCUAAGAGAGAGAUUCUCUCCAAAAUCUACAAAGAUGUUUCUGAAAAUGGUCUAGGUAAAAUAUCCAAAGAUGAGCAUUUUGAUAAAGUGACAGUGUUGCACUACUCUGGAGAUGUUAGUAGCCCAAAACAUGCCAUGUGGAUGCGAUUUACUGAGGACAGAUUAGACAGAGGUAGAGAAAAGUUGCUAUAUGAAGACAGGGUGGACAGGACCGUUAAGGAGGCAGAAGAGAAACUGACAGAAGUGUCCCAGUUUUUUCGUGACAAAACAGAAAAGUUGAAUGAUGAGCUGCAGUCUCCUGAGAAAAAGGCCCGGCCCCAGAAUGUCAAGGAUGCCCCUUCUUCCCAAAGCUCAGCCAGCAGCAGCCCUGAGAAGUUACCGCUGACUGAGUCGUUGACGUCCAGUGAUGACUGGACUAAAGUGAGGCAGCCUGGACGUGAUGGGAAAGGCAUGCCUAAGGCUGAGGAGGAAAAAACUGCCAGUCUGCCCAGCAGUCCCGAGCGGAAGCUCCUGUCCAAGCAGACUGAGGACAGCACACUGCCAGGGGAACCCAGAGGAGGUGUUCCACAGAGCAAAGCUUCUGAAGCUGGCUUCCAGCUCAAACAGUCCAAACUCAGUUCCAUCCGGUUGAAAUUUGAACAGAGCACCCAUCCAAAAAGUAAAGACAUAUCUCAAGAAGAAAAAAAGCUGGAUGGCCCAUCCAAAAUUCCAAUUAAAAAAAUGCAGGAAAGCAAGCUACCCGUUCACCAAGUGUAUGGUAGAGAAAGGCCGCAGAAGGCAGUGGGUCCUGCAGAUGGGUGCGCAUCUUUGCAAAGGGAACUACCGGUAAUGAAAGGAGACCAGACCCAGAACGGUGAAGUGGUUGUAGAUGAUGCUGGUUCUGCCGAUGUUGAGAAACCAAGAACUGAAAUGUCAAGUAAAUCAGUACCUGCACAUUAUUCUGAGCAGCAGUCCAAAGACUUGGCAUAUAGCAUGAGCUCAGACUUGGCAACUAAGGGUCCAUGGGACAAAAAGAUUUUUAGGACAUGGGAAAGUCCAGGGGCUACUAACCAUAAGGCACAGAAAGAAAAACUCUCACACGUACUUGUUCACGAUGUGAAAGAAAAUCAUGUUGACCACCCAGAGAAUCAGGGUCUUGAGCCAAAGAGUGAGUUGAUCUCUGUGUCAGAGAGAGAACACCAGUUGUUAACAAAUGGAGCUCACUCCGAAAUUAAGGAAGUGACUGUAAAAUCUCCAUCCAAAAAGGUUUUAUAUAGGGAGUUUGUGGUUAAAGAAGGGGCACGCACCACCGACGCUGGUGACCAGACACCCCAGAAAAGCGAAGGCACAGCCGUGUCACACAUCCCAGUCCGAAUUGCCGAGGAGGGGAAAAUGUUAUCAUCCUCUGCCAUUCCCGACGGUUUCUGUGACCAGUCCAAAUUUCCCCAAUAUGAACUGUCCCCCAAAUUGCCCCAGUCCAGUUUGAGUAAAGAGACAUUUGAGAGCCAUCAGCUCAAUUCUGUAGAAGAGGAAAAGGUCACCUAUUCGGAGAUCAGCAAAAUCUCCAAGCAUCAUAGUUAUGUAGGGUUGUGUCCUCCCCUGGAGGAAACUGAGACCUCGCCUACCAAAUCUCCUGAUUCCUUAGAAUUUAGUCCAGGCAAGGAGUCUCCCUCCAGUGAUUUAUUUGACCACAGUCCUAUGGAUGGAUUGGAAAAGGCCGCACCAUUAGCAGAGACAGAGGGAGGGAAGGAGAUAAAGACUUUGCCCGUUUAUGUUAGUUUUGUCCAAGUAGGAAAACAAUAUGAAAAGGAAAUACAACAAGGAAGUGUAAAGAGAAUAGUAAGUCAGGAAUGUAAGACAGUUCAAGAGACCAGGGGGGCAUUCUUUACCACCAGACAGCAGAAACAGCCCCCCUCUCCCCAGGGGAGCCCAGAAGAUGACACUCUAGAGCAAGUGUCCUUCUUAGACAGUUCUGGGAAGAGCCCUUUAACCCCAGAAACACCCAGCUCAGAGGAAGUGAGUUAUGAAUUUACUUCUAAGACACCUGACUCACUCAUAGCUUAUAUACCAGGCAAACCCAGCCCAAUCCCUGAGGUUUCUGAGGAGUCAGAGGAGGAGGAGCAGGUUAAGUCUACUUCCCUAAAACAAAUGGCAGCCAUUGACCUGGAAACGUCCAACGCUCUGAACAAAGACUCUCCCAAAAGGUCCAAAGGUAACAGAGUUGCCUAUAUCGAGUUUCCGCCUCCCCCUCCAUUGGAUGCAGACCAGGCAGAGCCAGAUAAGAAGUCCUCUUAUUCCCCCGAGAGGGAGGUAGAAAUGAUGGAAGUCAGUCUACAGGACGAGCAUGACAAAUACCAGCUGGCCGAGCCCGUCAUCCGAGUGCAGCCCCCUUCUCCCAUUCCUCCCGGGGCAGAUGUCAGUGACUCUAGUGAUGAUGAAUCCAUCUACCAACCAGUCCCGAUCAAAAAGUACACUUUCAAACUAAAGGAUGUGGAAGAUGAUCAAAAAGAGGGUUCCAAAUCCAAAAGUUCUGAAAAGACACCCACCCUGAGAGAGUCAGGAAGUAAUGGCCCUAGAAAGGAAAACGAACUUGACAUCGGCCUUGACUCACCACAGAAUGAAGUAGUACAGAACGGGAAUAAUGACCAGUCCAUCACUGAGUGUUCCAUCGCCACCACGGCAGAAUUCUCUCAUGACACAGACGCAACCGAAAUUGAUUCUCUUGAUGGCUAUGAUCUUCAAGACGAAGAUGACGGCCUCACGGAGAGUGAUUCUAAGCUCCCAAGUCAGGCCAUUGACAUCAAAAAAGAUGUGUGGAAUACCGAGGGUAUUUUAAAGCCAGCUGACCGUUCUUUUAGUCAAAGUAAGCUUGAAGUGAUUGAGGAGGAGGAGGGGAAGGUAGGGUUUGAGGAAGAAAAGCUGCUCUCCAAAGGCUCAGCAUCAGAAAAGACUCCUGAUAAAACCGAGCAGAAGUCAGGGACCCAGUUUUUCACAUUGGAAGGCAGACAUCCCGAUAGAUCUGUGUUUCCAGAUACCUAUUUCAGCUACAAGGUAGAUGAAGAAUUUGCGACCCCUUUCAAGACAGUAGCCACCAAAAGUCUAGAUUUUGAUCCUUGGUCUAAUAACCGAGGUGAUGAUGAAGUGUUUGAGACAAAAUCAAGGGAAGAUGAAUCAAAACCAUUUGGUCUGGUGGUAGAAGACCGUUCUCAAGCCACGACCCCAGAUACCACCCCAGCCAGAACGCCAACUGAUGAAAGUACCCCAACUAGUGAACCCAACCCCUUCCCAUUUCACGAAGGAAAGAUGUUUGAGAUGACUCGCAGUGGCGCAAUUGACAUGAGCAAGAGGGAUUUUGUUGAAGAGAGGCUCCAAUUUUUCCAGAUUGGUGAGCAUACUUCUGAAGGGAAGUCAGGGGACAAGGGGGAAGGGGAUAAAACCAUGGGCACUGCCAUCACACAGCCACAGUCAGGGGACACUACAGUAGAAACAGACCUAGAGAGAAAAGUAGAGGCCACCGCAGUUGAACACAAACCCACCAUUCAGCCCAGUGGAGAGUGUCAGGAGGCAGCACUCAGUAGUAGCCCACCGGAGAAGCCACCGGCGGUGGCCAACGCUUCCAAAGUGGACCCCAAGCUGCGCACGCCAAUCAAAAUGGGGAUUUCCGCUUCCACCAUGACCAUGAAGAAAGAUGGCUCCGGAGAAGGGACAGAGAAAGUAGAAGCUAUGCUUUCCAGUGGUCAGGGCUUAGAAAAUGAAACCGUAACAGUGAUUCCAAGUGCAGCAAAUAGCCAGAGAGACUAUAGGCCAAAAGAAAAGCAUGAUUUUCAAAAAGAUAAUUUUAAUAACAACAACAAUUUGGAUUCAUCCACUAUGCAGACAGAUAAUAUUGCCAGUAACGUAGUGCUCCCAGACCAUUCCAUAGCCACUUGUACCACUGAGAAAGCUAACCCACUCAAAGGCUCUUCAGGGGCGCUUCAAGGACACUGUCUAAAAGAGACACAGGAAGUAACUGAAGAACAGAAAAAGAAAAAAGAAUCAGUAGGGCUUAGGCCAAAAUCCAAACUGCCCAUAAAAGCCACCUCCUCCAAAGAUGCCUUCCCGCCAAAACCCAUCCCCAACAAGGCAGUGGGUAAAAUGAGGCAAGUUAGCAAGCCCGAGAGAGCCAGAACCCUUAAUUCGUCUCCAUGUCUAGAAGUUAGGUCCAGGAUUCCAAUAAAAAACCCACCCAGAGAGAACCUAGCGUUAGUCAGAGAAACAGGCACCAAGCCAAAACCGGGCCAGCUAGAAAGAGGCAAGAUCAAGCAGCUUCCUUCCAAAUUACCAGUAAAGGUAAGAUCUGCCUGUGUGGCCACGACCACAGUGAAAGUCAGGAAAACCCAGCUCAGGGAAGUAUGUAAACAUUCGAUUGAAUAUUUUAAGGGAAUUAGUGGUGAGACGUUAAAGCUCGUGGACCGCCUGUCUGAGGAAGACAAAAAGACGCAGCCCGAGGGGUCCGAUGACGAAGACAGUACGUCCAGAAAUACAUCCUCCUCAGAAGUGCCUCGGGUUUGCCCACCUCCCAUUACACGGAAGUCCGCUAGAGAUAAGAGAAAGGAGGCAGCGUCCUUAAAAUCAAAGAAUGGAAAAGCCGGCAGUGAGAGAAGGACUGGUCCACAAAGUCCAUGUGAACGGACAGACAUCAGGAUGGCUAUUGUAGCUGAUCAUCUGGGGCUCAGCUGGACAGAACUGGCGAGAGAGCUGAACUUUUCCGUGGAUGAAAUCAACCAAAUCCGUGUAGAAAAUCCAAACUCUUUAAUUGCUCAGAGCUUCAUGUUAUUAAAAAAAUGGGUUACCCGAGAUGGAAAAAAUGCGACAACUGAUGCCUUAACUUCUGUCUUGACAAAAAUUAACCGAAUAGAUAUAGUGACCUUGCUGGAAGGACCAAUAUUUGAUUAUGGAAAUAUUUCUGGCACCAGGAGCUUUGCAGAAGAGAAUAAUGUUUUUCAUGAUCCUGUUGAUGGUUGGCAGAAUGAGGCCUCCACGGGCAGCCCCGAGCCACCAAUGCCGGGUCGCAGGAUAGCUGGUGGGUUACUGGAUCGACUGGAUAACAGCUCUGACCAAUGUAGGGAUUCUAUUACCUCGUAUCUCAAAGGAGAGACUGGCAAAUUCGAAGCCAACGGCAGUCACCCCGAGGCCUUUCCCGAAACCACGGCGAAGUCUCACGUCCAAGAAUCACAGAACGACGUCGGCAAGCCGAGGGACAAGGAGCCUCAGAAACCAAAAACCCCAGGUUCUGGCCGCAGCGACGGGCCAGCAGCCUACCAGAAAUCUGUGGAAGACACUAGCAAGCAGUUAGCAGAUGAGAUCAAAACCGCCGUGCCUGUCAGUGUGAAAAAGAUGAAUAGGACUUCUCCCGGGGAUGCAAAGCCACGGCUAAACCUCCAUGAGGAAGAGGGAGCUGUGGUGCCUGAGCACAAGCAGGGAGAAGGCUAUAAGGUGAAGACAAAGAAAGAAAUCCGCCCUGUAGAAAAGAAGAGCCACUCAUAACGGCAGGACGGAACGGAGUAUAUGCUUUUACUGCCAGUAUUCAAGAGAAGGAGUCAUGGAAGAAGAAUCAACAGGAAUUGAAAAUCCACUGAGGAGAAUGUGUGCGUGUGUGUAUGCGUGUGUGUGUGUGCGUACGUGCGUGCGUGUUUGCUGCUUCCACGCAUUAACCGCAUGGUUUUUAUGCAAAAAAAAAAAAAAAACAGAGAGAGAGAGAGAGAGAGAGAAAAAAGAAAGAAAAAAAAAGGAAAGAAAGACACGUCCCACGCAUUUUAAUUUCGCAUGAGCAUGGAAAUCCCCUCUCACUUCCAGGAUCUGAGAGCGCACCAUUCAUGACGCAGCACACACACAAGACACGGACCACACUCUUACCAGCUUCGAUUAAUGUCAUCUCAAAAAAUCACAAUUCCUGAGGCCAGACGGGACAGAAGACAAGACAAUAGAAGCGACUGAAAGAUACUCAGAUGGCUAAAUCCACAGCAGCUCGCCUUAUUUCUCUCGGACCCAAACUGUCAGGGCAUAAACACUGUUUGUUUCUUUUUUAAAACAUCGGUAGUUUUGCUGUAAAUAAAUAACACUGUAUAAAUUCUAACAGAAAAUAGAAUAAAUAUGAAUAAGGCACUGCCUCUUAGGACACAAACAAAGUAUCACAAAUGCAUUUAACAGACUAGGUGGUCCAAGGGGCUUCACCUAUGAGGGAGACUUGGGGCCGGGGAUGGGAGGGAGUGGGGAUCUUCACCAAUUCUUGUAUAUUAGCAAUUAUAAUGUUUGUAUAUGCAAAACUGCUAGCUUGAUUUUAAAAAAAUCUUUAAAAUCUGCUGCAAAUUUAAAUGAUUCCCAAAAUGAGGAAUUCUGUAGUUCUGUGAAAAUUUUUCUGCAGAGUACUAAUAUUUUGAUGCAUGUGUAUCACCUUAUUUUGAUUAAAAUCUUUUCCAAUUUUGCAAACACUACAGUAUACCACGACACGGAAGAGGAGAUUUUAUCUGUAAACACAACGCCCUUCAUCUAAUAUUUGUUGCUGUUGCCAAUUUUUCAAUGAAACAACCUAAAAAAGGAACAAAAAAAAAAAAGAGACUACCAUAGUUGCUUUUGGGGGAGGGGGGGUGCUAACUGUUAACUGCUUACAAAGCGGGGUUAAUGCUUGCAGCUUUAGAGAUGGGUUGGUGCUCAAUAGAAGCACAAGUUUUGGUAUUUAAAAAAAAUGAACUGAACAGAAAAUAUUAGCUCAUAGACUGGCAGCACGCUGUAAAAUUAUUACCGUCUUGUGUACUGGCGCUCAGAUGUAGAAUCUUCCAGCAAGCCAAUCAUCUGUAACCAUUCUAGCACUGUAAUAUUAGGUUCUUAAGGCUGCUGUGUUUUAAGGGGCAUUUUUAUUUGGGUUUUGGUGAAAUACUUUAAUUUGUUGAUUAUAUUCAUAUCAAAACAGCAUUCAUUGACAAAUAGCUCUAAUGACAUAUGUAUGAAAAAAAACACACUGGAUGAUCUAGUUAAUUAUUUAAGCAUAAAAAUAAAUUGUGUUAAAACUCUUCA